UAAUUGAUGAAUUGUUUCUUCAGUCUGGACUAGUGGACGGUCACGUACGUACGCUGACAGUGUUCACAAAUUCUUCAUAACAACUUCACUUCUGCGGGAGUAUGUUGAACAAACCGGCUUUACCAAUUUAUCAGUCUUGAGUACACUAUCUGGAUAAGCCAAUGUCGGAUUACUAUGGAUUUUUUGUCGUCGUUGGCGCAGUGUGGGGAAAUCGAUUUUGUUCACUGGGGGUCAUUGUGGGAAAUGAUGCCAACCGUGGCAGACCUUGGUUAGCAACGGGACCGGCCAUUUUGAAGCCAAAUUGACAAUCGACCAAGUUUGAAGUUCGUAUUUACACUGCUGUUGCUCACCUUAAUGCUCAACGUUUGAAACCAUGCCGCUGACUUACAAUUUUGCUGCGUUGCAAGAACUCCUUUGGAAUAAUGUUUUUUUGUGUUUUUUUUUGAGGGAAUGACCCGUGAAAUAUGAACGUUAGCAACCGGCAUAGGCUCCGGCCUAGGCCUAAUUACGACUCGGACUCGCCGUCGUCCUUAAAGGAUGGCACCGGGUUCCUUGCCGACACGCCGGGGGGUUCCAGUUCGGCAACUUCGGUGUCAAGCGACCGUCGGGACGCAUUCGUAAAGAAAAGAUACAACUCACACUCUGGACUUUCAUAUGAUUCAAGCCGACUGAACUCAGCCCCGGAUUCCUUGGCUGAUGACUGGGACCUUGAAGACGGAGGCUUGGAGCAAGUGAAUGUUGUUGCAAGGGUGCGACCACUCAGUGAGGCAGAGAUAAAACGAGGGGACAAGGACUGCGUCAAAAUCCAGCACAAUUCAUCCUCAAUCACACUGGGCAGCACAGAGAAGAGUAAAACCUUCACAUUCAACUCCGUCUUUAACAGCCGCACCAGCCAGCGAGAGGUGCUGGAGAAAUGUGGCAUCAAGCAGAUGAUAGAGAUGGCUGUGGACGGCUACUCCUGCACCACGUUUGCCUAUGGGCAGACUGGAUCGGGCAAGACGUACACGAUAACUGGGCCCAUCAGUCAGGACUCACUUAUGCCUCCACAGGACAAAUACGGUCUGAUCCAGCGCUCCUUCAUUCAUCUCUUUGAUGUCCUGGGUCAGAGGUCAGGCCCCAACAUCACCUUCACCCUCAGCGCCUCCUAUUUGGAAAUAUACAAUGAGCAGGUGAAAGAUUUGCUGAAUCCAGGGAGGGAAUCCUUGCCCGUCCGGUGGUCCAAAGAUAAAGGUUUCUAUGUGGAGAACCUAUUUGUUGUGGAUUGUGAGACCCUGGAUGAUCUGUUAGGUGUUUUGGAAGAAGGGAUGGGGCAGAGACAAAUAGCAACAAAUAACAUCAAUGAAUAUUCCAGUAGAAGCCACACGAUCGUAUCUUUGCAGAUUGAUAGUGAGAUGCCGGAUCCAGAGGAGGAAAGUCUGUACAUCACCAAGCAUGGCCGGCUGAGCUUUGUGGACCUGGCUGGCAGUGAGAAGGUCAAAGAACUAGGGAAUUCAGGCGAGCUACUCACCGAGACUACCAACAUCAACAAGAGCCUGUUGACACUUGGAAACUGUAUAUCGUCACUGAGCGAUAACAGGAAGAGGUCGGGGCAUAUACCAUACAGGGACAGCAAACUCACCAAGUUGCUUGCUGACAGCUUAGGGGGUAGUGGUGUCACGCUUAUGAUUGCAUGCAUCACACCUUCCUCAUACUGCUUAUCAGAAUCGUUAAGCACUCUGCGCUACGCCAACCGUGCCAAAAGAAUUAAAAACAAGCCCGUUGUCAGAAUGGAUCCAAGAGAGAGGCUUAUCCUGAGCCUCAAACGAGAGGUCAAACUCCUGCGCAACGAGAACCUGUACCUAAGGCAGCGCCUGGAGUUCCCCAAAUCAGUCAAACCGAGUGUGAGGCGGAACGACACUGAAGAGAGCCUGUCCAUCUCCAGCUUCUCUGAGGACUUGUCGUCCGGUGACAGGACUCCAAUCCCUGGUGACUUCGACCGGAGCAAAGGAACGUCGGACACCUCCCUGAAGACGGAGGACAAGAGGAAUUUGAAGAGGCGGGAGACCAACAGCAGCAUGCUGUCUGCGUUCACGCCCAAGUCUGCUGCAGACAGCAGCCUGUAUGAGAUGCUGCAGGAGUACAUGGUGGAGAACGAGAAGCUGCGAUCGGAGAACUCUGACCUGCACAACGUCAGGCAGAGGGCCAUGACGGAGCACGAGCACCUGUCCAAAGAGAACGACAAGCUGCUGACCAAGCUGGAUCAGCUGGAAAGAGUCUUUGCUGCAUCCCCAAUCUCCAUGAGCCGGACAGUCUCCGGCAUCUCCUCCUCUCCUUUCUCUGGGCAGCAGCACAAGCGGAGCCUGUCCCAGCACUCCUCUGGCAGCACCCCAUCUUCACAGGGACAGCAUGCUGGCCAACUCCCCCCAGUUGACAGUAAGAGGGGAGUCCCCAACGGCUACCGGGACUCAAAGCCUCACCCCUACGGCAGCCCCGGUCAGCACCAGCAGCCCUCUCCGCCCCACCAGUAUCGGUCCCAGCCCGCCCCUGUCCAUCAGCCACCGCCGAUGCACACAAGCUUUCCCGGGAGUCUGAAUGCGGCCGAUGGUAGUGGGUUUGACACCGGUGGUCACAGGUCGCACAAAGCGCAGCACAGCUACCCGCCCACUCAAAGGGGAUCUGUCCGGCAAAAUGAUCCUGGGAGUGCCCCAGACACCAGCCUCAGCUUCCCGCCCCACAAGACCUACCACAGCCAGUCCUCCCUCAACUCCAUGCACUCCUUGCCAGAGGAAGCCUCCCCCAGGGGCUUGCCAAACCCGAGAGUGGACCCCCAGGCCACCAGGAACAGCAGGGAUGCACCCGCAACUGGUGAGUCAUCUCAGGGCAAGCUCCAGCACAAGGUGGACAUCUACAUCCCUUCCAUACCCUCUACCUCAAAGGAAGCAAACAGAGAUCGAAUACCAAAGAAGGAUCCCGACAGCCCCCGUUGGGACAGCAGCCACAAUGUCAAUGUCCACGCCAUGCAGGAGCGGACAGCCAAUAACAGGCCCAAGAACCACCCAAGGAAACCGCCCAGCAAGCCUCAGGGCACGGCCACCUCCUCCCAGGCCCCCGCUGUUGGCUACAGCAACCGGAGCAAGAAGAAUGCCGCCUUGCUGCAGGGGAAGGAUGGAAGCAAGCCCUCGCCCAAGAUGCAGCGAAGGGACAAUGCAGAGCCUGCCAGCACUGAGCAGAAUCUGGACACCCUUCCCCAUACCCCUGCUGUCACACCACCCCCGGUCAAGUACAAGCCCAAGGGCACCAGCGACCUCUUAGCGGCUACGUCCGGGGACCUUUCCAAGCCACCCCCUGACCCAGAAUCCCUUCUGGAAAUUAACGAGAAGCUGAGGCAAGAGCUGCUAGACUUGGACGGGGAGAUCCAGUACAUGAAAUACGUCAACAAGGCAAAGGGCAACACCACACAGGCCCCCAAGGCAACCAAGGGGAAGAAGAGGUAACAUCUGCUGGGAUGGAUGCCGAGGGUAUCAGGCCCAAACCGCGAUCCCGUCCAAAGUGUGCUUGGCAUUUCAUACAACAAGUGGGCGCAACCAACGUCUGCCCAAGUAUGGGCAAGAUCUGAAGCAGUUGGCAGCCUGUCCUGUUGUUGCUGUGUGUGGUCAGCACACAGGAAUGAUCACGCCAGACUGCAGAUGGUGCCGACAUACAUUAGGUUCGACUGCUCUAAAAUGCCGUUCAUCACGUGGCCUUCCGCGUACUAUCAUGCAAGCAGUCCCCACCACUGGUUGCAUAUAGAUUCAUUACAAACAGUGCAAGGUGAUGAAAUCCUUUGACACUUCUGAAAUACAGGUGCAUAGCCAAUAGCAUUGUUCAAAGGGCAGUAGCACUGUUUGUAUUACCCCCACACCUAAACUGCCUCUCAGGGUGACCCAUACAUGUAAGAAGUACUAAUGAUACAAGCAGUGUGGAUCCUGUCCACCUGCAGAAUUUAGGACUUCUCCAGACCCAUCUCCUUACUUGGAUUUGGGAUGGAACCAGGAUUCCUGCCUUUGUUGCUGUUAAUAAGCAAAAGAAAUUAAGAAGUAAACUGAGAUAGUCCUUCACAUACAAAUGUAUGCGUUCAGUGCCGUUUCAGCCGUUAAAUUGUUUGUCGUGCAAUACAUAUUUCUACACUCUACCCAACCGCUGUGAGAUUGUGUUCAGAUAUUUAUUACCAUUAAGUACAAAGGAUACUCAGUGAGCCAUGUGUGUAGCAUGGAACUUUUGUUCUGUAGGACCCGAUUAUCCAAAUAUCUAAACUUUAAUGGAUCCGGAAUUCUAAAAGCGUGUGAGGAGCGAAAUGCUAGUUUGUGAACCCUGUGGUAUGGAAAUUGAAAGCCUGAGUUAGGAGCAUGUUCAAACAAUCGUUGAAGGAUAUGGAAAGGCUUUUUUAAAAAACAAAUUGAUUUUCAAGCAUACUUGCCAUAGCAUGUUAGUGCCCAAGCAGCAUACAGUGUGAUAAGUGAUAUUACAUUCUGUGCUGAAAUUUCCGUCAUUACUUGUAAGCACUGCUCUUAAAAGCUUGUGCUGGGCACUGAUGACCAGUGGAACUGAAAAAUUGCAGGACUCUCUCAAAUCUCUGUUUUUUUCUCCAUCUCGAGAGCUCUGCACUUCUACUCGGUUCAUAAAAACUCUGGCUCAAUGUGGCUGGAGUUGACAUUUCACUAAACUGUUUGAUGUAAAGCCAAAGAUGAAAAUCCUUUGUCCUGACUUAUGAGACCUGGCUGAAGUCAGAGAGGCAGGUAAAUCCAGAUAUGCAGCCUUGCUUGGAAAACAGGCCCUCGAUACUGCUAAAGUUGAAGGUAUCUGCACUUUAUACUCAUUGAUGGAUUCGGGGUUGGGGGGGUAAUGGAAGCCAGGCUCUUUCCUCCUCAUAAAAAUGUGGUCCUAGAUCUACCCUUGUCUGCACCAGAUCUCAUCUGUGACCACUCAAAUGACUGGCACGAGUGAAUGUUGAUGGUAGUGCACCGGGACUGUCCAGUGGUGGUGCGUUGCUGCUGAAUAUGUAUGAGACACGUGCAUCUUGAAAUGAUGUAUUUAGGGUGUAUACCUGGAUUCUUGCUCUGCCCAUGUGUAUAUAUGUACAUACGCCAUAAUACCAUUUUAUGUUUAAAUGUUUGUGAAUAGAUUUCAAACUGUACAGUGUAAUAAAUACUUUUGAAAUGUUUAUUUUGCUUUUCUUUUGCACCUUUGCCAAUGGCAGAAGUUGUAAACUUUGCCAAGGUUUAAUAUCUUCCUUUUCUGUUUGAUUAUACCAAGUCUGUGACGUUCCCCUACCUAAAGCAAAAGACCAAACUGAAUGUGCCUACCUUGGGGAAGAGGUGAAUUUUUGGUUUGUUUUCAUCAAAAUCUCGGCUUUGUUUCAAAUGUUGACUUCACCCCAUGCUUCACAUUCACCUUCAAAUGUUCACUGUUAAUACUAGCUUUGAGUCACAGUAACUCCAAAAAAAAAA